GUUGAGCAUGUCCUUGACCAGGGUAACUUCGUCUUCCAGACAUCUGGCAAGCCAACUAGAUUAACACGUUCCCAGAAGCACAAUGUGCUCGAAAUAAUGGCACAGACUAUUUACAGCUUCAAGCCAUACCCUAGCAAUACUGAUCUUUGUAAGGCUUCGGAAGCAUUGAUUACUGCCCACCCAUGCCUCAAAGAACUUGGAAGCAAGACUGGCUGGUACGGCUGGAAGGUCAGUUUGGCCUUCAAGAUGGGUAACUACAGACAGAAACUGGCCAAAUCGGGGUGUGCUGAGGUGUCCAUCAAUGCAGGAAAGAGAAGCAAGAACAACCCUGACAGCGAUCACCCCCAUGCCAAUAUUAAGCGAGCUCGUAGGUCGGAAGUGAACUUCCUACCCAACUUCCCAACUGGUGAAAACCAGGCCAGUCUUGACCUGAUGAGACUCGAGAUAAUUGAAGAGACUGACAAGUCGGAGAAGAAUUUGCAAUUCAUCGAAAAGCUGAUGCAGACAACCUUCGCUUUACGACGACAAGACAUCAUCAAAAGUCAAUUGCCAGUAAAGGACUUGCUGCGCAGCUGGCCAGCUCUGCAGUUGGAAUCGCAGGUUCUCUCAGAAUUCCAUCGUAUCACUAAUGUGAACCUGCGCAGCACAUUCUACGCUGAACUUGACAGACACACACCACGACUCCUCAACUUAUACAGACAAAAGGCAGUACGCACCGGCAAGUUGGCGGAGGCUCUACGGGCUACCCUCGCCGCUUAUGAUCUUCAGGAAGAACAUGAUGUCAUCUCGAGACGCACCCUGUCGCUGUGUGCCCUGCCGGUGUACCUGCGAGAAGAUGGAUCUGCCUUCUUUCAGACAUUCAAUGUAAGUACUGGUUACCAUCCAUAA